UAAAUUGUAAAAGAUAAUAACAUUAUACUACCCUCUUAAUUACAACAAAAGGGACAUCUAGAUUUUAGAUUCCAAGUCAUGUAUGGCUGCGCAAGUGACCAAAAAGUUCAUUGAACCAAAACCACUAGAAUCAUAAAAACAUAGGUGUCACUAAAAUAUCAUUAUAUAUUGUCAUUAAAGAUAUUAAACUGUCUCAUAAAGCAUUCCCAAUAGAAACUUCUGAAUCUGAGUAGUUUCUAACCAAUUUCCUUUGCCACCAUCAACACCACUUUUUCUCUAACUAUUUUCUUUCAAUAAAACAUAUAAUAAUCUCAUUCUAGGAAAUUCACCUUGACUUUUACAUCACCCUUUUUCUCUUAUUCUCUUCAUAUAUAAAUACUUAGCCAAGUUGUAGUUUUUUAAUCAUAAAUAUCCUACACUCAUCAAACAAUCAAAAACACUAAUUUUUUGAAAUUCUUUUGUGUUUUUUUUUUGUUUUGUUUUGAUGAUGAAAAGUGAGAUAAACAUGCUUGGUGUUAACAACCAUGUGAUGAAGGGGAAAAGACAGAGCAAAAAGAACAAAAAAGAGGUAAAAGUUACUUAUAUUUCAAGUCCUAUGAAAGUGAAGACAAGUGCUUCAAAUUUUAGAGCACUUGUGCAAGAACUCACUGGUCAAGAUUCUAAUGUUGCUGAUAUGUUUGUGGAAGUUAAUGCUGAAGGUUUUCAUGUUGAUGAUGUUCAAAAUAACCAAAAAAGUUCAUCUCAACAAUGGAGUAGUGAUAAUAAUUCAAGUGAAGGUUUUAUGCCUGAGAAUUCUACUUGGAUGAAAUUUGGUGACGAUUAUAAUUUUAGAUCUUCAAUGGAAUCAUUGAAUGGACAACUUGAAUAUGAUUUUUUGAGUUUUGAUAUGAUUCAGAUAUAGUUUGAAAUGUAUACAUACAUGUAUAUGUACAUACAUAUGAGAUAAGGGAUUAGGCUUCCUGCGGUCAGGAAUUCUCCGCAUUCACGUGGUCAGAAUACCGGUUAUUGUUUAGUCAAGAUUGAAUGGUCUAUUAAAUGAAUUGUUUACAUUUUUUAGACCGUUCGAUUUUUACUAAACAGUCACUAGUAUUAUAACUGCGUGAAUGCGGAAUCAACUAUUUGUGGAGAAUUCGAAUUCCAAAAAUAGAUAAUCUUGACUAUAUUGUUAAGAUUGAUUUUCUCUAUUGUCUUUGUAACAAAUUUUACUACUUUAAAGUGUGCAUUUUAUGAUAGAGGAAAAUCACAUGCACGUUAGAAAAAAAACUAAAAGCAAAGAGUGGAAUUUGUUUGUAAGAUUAUAAGAUCAAGAUUAGAUGUUGUCAUAUGUGUGCUCGUAAUUCUCUUGAUACACUUCAUAUGUAGAUUAGAUUUUGUGAUACUUUUUGUUGUUGAAGGAGUUUUGUUCUACUUGUAGGCUCUUAAAUUAUGUAAUUGGAUAAAUUAAUUAGAAAAAGGAUAAGUGAUUCAUUAA